GAAUGUAAUAUUUACAAUUUACUUAUUUCAUCAUUGAUAACGAGUAAUUAAUCGGUGUGCGUACUUGUUUUUCAAUGAAGAAAUGAAGAAUGAUAUACUACAGGGCAUAUGCACGCGUGCAUCAUACUACUGUUCUGUAUACGUGUGUAUUGCAUACGAAUAUAUAGCUCACAAUCAGUAUGCAGUGUAUACAGUAUGUGUACGAUAAAAUAGAUAGUAUAUUACACACCCUGUAAAUGAAUUCAUUCACUUUUCUUAAAUUUAUGAAACAAAUACCAGAUACAUUUUGAAGGAAUGUUCUGAUUAUGUGUUAAAUAAUUAUAUACCUAUUUAAAUAUUUACUCUUAUGUUUAAAACAUAAUGAAUAAAGCUCUAUUUGAUAAUUAUACAACAACUACAAAAAUGAAUGAUGAUAAAAUUAAAGAGGAAUAUGCUAGUCAUAAUAGAGAGCUGGAUCAGAAGUACUUUGUUGCCUGGAGUCCUCUAGAAGAAAAUAAACGUUUAUUUAAACAAAAAUAUAUAUCUUGUAGUAGAUCAGUUCCACGUAGAAACAAACGUUUUAUUCAGUACAGGAUAAGUAAAUCAUUGAAUUUUGAUGCAAACGUUCAUAGUUCCAACUCAGAGAAUAGUUCUUUUGAAGAAGACAAACAUCUAUCUAGAUCUGCUAAAAUAAUGAGAGCUUUGAAUUUCAACAGCAGUCCCUCCUAUUAUGGAAGAACAAAAAUAAAGAAGUCACUGAACUUUAACUUAACUCCUAGCCCAAAACGUUUCAUGCCUACUAAAAAAAGUAUACGAAAAACUUUGAGUUUAAAUUUUAAUUCUCCAUUGUCUGUAUCAAACAAAUGUUUGAAUUUUGAUGAUAACCCAAAUAAUUCAGCUGAUAAUAGUUUAUUAUAUUCAUCUUCGGAAUCUAUCGACGAAAAUCAGAAUGAAACACCAUUGCAACAAAACCCAAAGGAAUGUGGGAUAUUACAUUAUUCUACGCCUAAUACGAAGUUAAAUAAAAGAUCGUUGUUUCCGACGGCACCAUCGUUACGCAGUCAACUGAGGGAGACUAUCGAUAAUAUUGUCAGCAUUACCGCAACACCUAACUCGCAAUCUUUGAAACGUACUAAAGGCAGAUUAGAUGAAGUUACAAGUACUUCUAGAAAUUUAUUACAUGAAUUUUAUGAUAAUAACGACGAUAGACCGAGCACACCCGAAAAUGUAAUUGAUAUAAUUCCAGAAAGUACGAGUGCUAUUAAAAGGAGCCAUAAAAAGGAAAGAUCUUCAAGACGGAAUGAUUCUCGAUAUACCGAACAUACAGAUUCGUUAGAAGAUUCUGCCGAUUUGUAUUCUAGUACUGAUUUGAAAAACAGUCCAUUGUGUAAUUCUGGAAAUGUAUCAGACACAGGUUCGCUUUUUGAUUACACAGAAGAAGAGGAAAGUAGCUUUAAAGAAUCUGGGGAAGCAUCGAAUUGUGACAAUAUUCUGUUUGAGGAGCAUAAAUUCGAUAUUAAUGAAAUAAAGUCAGAAGAAAGUGCAGAAAAUUCUUUGGAAAUACAAAGUAUAAAUGAAAACAAAUCACUCGAAAAAUGCGAAGACGUUGAUAAAUAUGAUUUACCUGAUCAGGAUCUCGAUAUAAAGUUUGAUAUUAGAUCAGCGACUCCUGAAGCAACGGCAGAAGUUAUAUCGGAAUCGCAAACAUCAGUUACUCCAGAGAAUCGUAUAAACUUCUUACAGAAUGUUCUUAAAGAUUCUAUAAAAAAGUCUCAUAAAAAAAUCAAAGAUGAUAAUAAGAAGAAGUUGUUUAGUCCAAAAUUUUUGCGAAGUAAAUUUGAAACUGUGAAUUCUAAACAGGACGAAAGCGAAGAAACGUCGGUUGAGCACAGGGAAGAACGAGCAUGUACACCCGAGAGGGUUAACUCUAGUCGACUUUUAUUGUCGCAGUUCAGUUCUGUCAAAAAAUCUCAUAAAAAAGACAAACAUAAUAAAAUACUGUCAGGGUUUCUGAAACGGCAGGAAUAUUUCAAUAAAGAAAUGGAUCUAUGUCAAAGGGAAGCAGAUAACUCAUUCGAAUGCAAAAACAGUACAGCAGAUGUUUCUUCGGAUUUUGAUAAUACUGAAAAUGUGAAAGAUGCUGCUUCCUUCACGAGCCUACACGAUACACCUCUGAUUAAAUCAUCCCCUCGCAAAAGCAGAAGAUCGUUAAACGUAUCAUUGGACUGCGAACCGAACGUGUCGUAUGAUUCUGAUUUACAGGAAGCCGAUUCAUCGAAAGAGGAAUUCAAGAUUUUCACUCCUCUUAAAAGAAAGAGAUCAACAGAUGGUUCAGGCGUUAAAGAAUAUCUUCAUUUUUACGAUUUACCGUCUGGAAAAAAUGAAGUUUCAGAAGACCUUGCUGUGGAUAUUGGUUUAUCGAGGUGUUUGACACCCAUUCCAAACUUUCGGGAUAAUUAUAUAAAGACGGACGAGGACGAUAUGGAAGCAAAGAAAUGUGAUUCUACCGAUGUAAAUGGCAGGUCGACACCAAGAGAUAUGCCAACUACAGAAUUAUACGUUAAUAUAGAUUCCAUUAAAAGAUCGCAUAAGAAGAAUAAACGUGCGAAUAGUUCUUGGAAAGGUUUCGGUUUGUUUAACAAUGAUAGUUACAUGGAAGAGCAAGCAUCGGUGAAAAGUAUCAGAGUUGAAGCAUUAGAGAGUUCGAACGAUUGCAUCACGGUGGAUGAUCUAAACGAAUCAAUCGAUCAUGAUGGUCAACUUGAAGUAUCCAUUGAUCGCAUAUGUAACGAGGAGCGUGCGAGCGUUAGUACAAAAGACGCGCCAUCGAAUGUAACACCCCCAAAUUGUUUGAAAUCAAAAAAUUAUUUGAGACUGAUACAGGAAACUUCUAUUAAGCGAUCGCACAAAAAAGUUCGAGAUAAAAAGAAACAAGUAUUGAUAGUUGAUGCGAACGAAUUAUCCGAUGAUGGAUCUAUCUUCGGCGAUGACGAAAAAUUAACUUGCGACGAAGAUCAAUCGAUCAAAGAUUGAUAAUAAUAGGUAGUAGCUACGAUAGAAAGAAUUACAAUGUUUUCAAAGGUAACUUACUAACCUGGUGAAUUUUCUUAGUAGGUUGUUAGCCUACGUUCAUGAAACAUUUACUUCAAUCGAGUAAUUCAAGUGUAAACGAAUCCGAUAUUGUAAUUCUAUUCUCAAUGCUUGGUUCUACAAUCAUUUUCUAUAGUGUACACUUUUCAAUACGAUAACAUUCGGAAAUUAAUAGAACGAAAAGAAGGUAGGAUCGUCUUUCUAUUUUUGUUAUUUCAUUGAAUAGUAUUUUAGUAGGAGUUUCACGAUGUAUCGAUGUGAAUUAAAGUAGCGUGUUAUUUUGUAUAUUGCACGAAUCGAAAGAAUUCGUUAUAAACUUAAGGCUUCACAAUUAAGUUAAGUAGAAUAGAUUUGAUAACGAUGGGUAUUGGAAUUAACAUUAGUGGUAUUUCUUAUCUUCCCUUUUCAUAUGUUUCAGUUAUUUUAAGUACACUACGCUGUAAGAUUAUCUGUAUAAUAAGUGAUGAAAUAUGACAAUUAAUUGGACUAUGUAAUAAUUAGAAGAAUAGCAAGGAGCAAAUUUCAAAGAUAUUGAAGGAUGGUGGCCAUUUGAAAAAAAAAAGAUCUUUGUGGCAAUAUGCGUGUGCAUUAUGAAAAUACUGUAUGUAAUAUGUAACCGAUGAACGGUACAGAAAUUUAUAAGGCGGAACUCUGUAUGUAUACAUCCGAUUGAUGCUACGUUUUUCUAAUGUCUUCCUUUUGUAACGUUGAGUGAUCUAGAAUGGCGGUAACCGUAUUUAAUGCGUUAACUAUCAAAUGAAUUGAUUGCACAUGCGACUUGUGCACGAUAAAAGGUACAUAAACGGCGACGCUUAACUUGUUCAUACGAGGAAGUGCGCGCAAAUCAAAUCCGUGAUCAUUUUUGAUUAACACUACGUAACAAGUAUCGUCAUGCAAAAUUUAUGCGAUUAAGUAAAACGUCGAAGAACUUUGCUUCUAUUAUUUUCUGAACGAUUGCAUUGUCAGCUAUUCUGUAUUAACUUGUUUUAGUUCUAAGCUAUACGACAAUAGACAAAUGUUUCUAGCACAGAGAAGAAAAUCUUAUACAUACUAAUUUAGGACCAUGUGUUUGAAAAUACGUACGUCUAAGUUUAAUAACAGAUAAACGAAUCAAAAUAGAUCAUUUUUCUAAGAUAGUAUUUGUUCGUUCUAUUUGUUACGUUUAACGUCCUUGGAAAUUAAACGUUCUGAUUAUCAA